CAAUAUUAAAAAUCCAUCAGUAAAAGUGCGCGUCUUGUGGUAAAGUUUGUAUUUUUUAGGUGCUCGGAACUCGGAAAAUGUCCCUUUGCUUACGCAUCGAGAAAUCAAAUUAGGUUGCCUCAGUAAUCAUGCCGCUCCAACUGUACCUCCAUGAUUGCGACAAGCAAAUAGAUAUUCACAUUCCAGCAGCAGAAACCAUAAUUGGCCGGGAUUCCAUUUUGCAGUGUGAUGAUAAACGAAUAUCGAGGCAACAUGGUAUUAUAAGGCUGGCCACUGAGGAGACUGGAAGCAUCCAAAUCACAUCUACUCACUCGAAUCCGAUUUUCAUCCGAACAGAGGACAGCGUUUUGAAUAUUCUCUCUAAGGAUUUGACUGCUACUCUGCGACAGGGCGAGAAAUUUGCUCUUCUUCCGGAUCAGUAUUGGUACGAAGUAAAAUUCCGUACAGAAGGAGAUCAGGAAACCGCGAUCAGUUCAUCCGACAAUUGUCCACUAAGGAUUCGGACUAUGGAAGAAGUUAAUAAUGCCGUCGUAAGUAGUGAUGCAAUCGCAGACACUGUUGGAAAGCGGAAGGGCUGUGAUGAAUCUGAAGCUGAAAGCUCUAAGAAGCUCAGAACGGAACAAUCGGAUACCGGUGCAGAAGCGAACUGUUCUGAUGCGGAUGCUCCCGUAGUGAAACCCGAACCAAAUACCGAAGAGACUGGAGAGGCUAGUUCUUCACGACCGAAAUCACCCGCAACGUCGGUGCCGGUGAAGAUUGAGAUAAAAACCGAAGUGGCUGACAGCACCGGGCCUCCUCCGAGGCCUUCCUGUGAGUUCGGUAUCCGAUGCUAUCGACAUACCGCAGAUCACCGGGCACAAUUCGCACAUCCUAACGAUAACGACUACAGGAGACCAACGUUUCCUGCUGCACCGGACGAUGCACCACAUUGUCCGUUCGGAGCGAGUUGCUACCGCAGGAAUCCGAUGCAUUUUCGCGAAUAUCAGCAUCCUGACUCAAGUGAGUAUAGAGCCUCGGUAGCCCCUGUGCAUCAGGCACAUGUUCCGCUAAUGCAAAUACAAUCCAAUCAAUCGAACAAUAGUAAUGAUGACAGCGGACAGAGGCGGCAACGGAAUCGACGGUUUGCGCGCGAUAUCGUGAUGGCUGCUAUCAUGAACCCGGGUCUGUUCGACGGGAGUGAUGAGGAUGAGGACCAGGAUGUGGAUCUGUUCGAUUACGACAGUGACUCGGACGAGUUCCGGCCCGAAAGGGAAUCGAACGAGGAGGACGACGAUGAGGCGGACACGGAGGAUUUUCUCGAGGAUGAAGAAUAAGUUAUUGGUUGUUGAAGAAGUAUAAAUAAAUACCAUAGGUUAUUGUUAAUUCUAAUUAUUA